ACAGUCACAUCCUCCCUCUAUUCUGCUCACAGGCUUUAGGAUCUUUGCUUGUACUACAGAUGGAACGUGGCUGCUUCUACCCUAUCACUGCAAGUGGCCAGUGGUCUACACAAAGGAAUAUGACCCAUUAGACUGGACAGAAUACAAGCAAUGAAUCCUCACAGAAUACAGCCAAUGAAAUGCUGCAAGAAGACAAGCCCGGAGUCAGGAAGACUGUUGUGUCACUGCGCUCUGCGUGGUGCAAGAAAGGAACCCUAUCCUCUGACACUGUUAUGACAGGUCCUUUCACAGAAGAAAGCGAGUACCAGAAGAGUGUUUGGAAACUCGAUAGGAGGGAGCCAAGCAGGCAGCUGAUCCGGCGCGUCUAAAAAUAAGCAGCGUACACUCAGACUGCUUCUCUCUCCUUUGCACGAAAAUCAGCGAAUAGGAAUCAAUGUGAACAAAUAACCAACGGGAUAUAUACAUACAUAUAACACAUUGUUAUCGAGGCCCUCCAGAGCUGAACAGGAACCAUGCCCCUCUCGUUCUGUGGUAAUGAUAAUGCUUCAGCCUACAGUGUGGACGAUGGGGUCUUGGACAAUGGCUGUUUUGUUGAUGCUCUCAACCUGGUCCCCCAUGUCUUCCUGCUGUUCAUCACUUUCCCCAUAUUGUUCAUCGGCUGGGGGAGUCAGAGCUCUAAGGUUCAGAUCCAUCACAACACCUGGUUACAUUUCCCAGGACACAACAUGAGGUGGAUCCUAACAUUUACACUUCUGUUCGUCCAUGUGUGUGAGACAGCUGAAGGGAUCGUUUCUGAUGGGUAUAUGAAAUCCCGCCACCUGCACCUUUUCCUGCCUGCAUUCAUGGGGUUCAUAGCUGCCACUACGUCUGUAGUCUACUACCACAACAUCGAAACCUCCAACUUCCCCAAGCUGCUCCUGGCCCUGUUUAUCUACUGGGUGCUGGCGUUUAUCACGAAGACCAUCAAGCUGGUGAAGUACUACGAGCACAACGUGGGCGUCCAGCACCUGAGGUUCUGCAUCACAGCCAUGCUGGUCAUUCUGUAUGGACUGCUGAUGGCAGUGGAGAUCAAUGUGAUCAGGGUCAGGAGGUAUGUCUUUUUUGCAAACCCUCAGAAAGUAAAGCCCCCAGAGGACCUGCAAGAUUUGGGUGUCAGAUUCUUGCAGCCAUUUGUAAAUUUACUGUCCAAGGCCACAUACUGGUGGAUGAACCCACUGAUCAUCGGUGCUCACAAGAGGCCGAUCGACCUGAAGAAGAUCGGGAAACUGCCCAUUGCCAUGAGGGCUUUGACUAACUACAUACGCCUGAAGGACGCCUACGAGGAGCAAAGGAAGAUGGUGGCAGACCAGACUGACAAGAGUCCGUCUAUCUGGAGGUCCAUGUACCGAGCGUUUGGGAGGCCCAUCCUUCUUAGCAGCACCUUCCGCUACCUGGCCGACCUGCUGGGCUUCGCUGGACCUCUCUGCAUCUACUGCAUCCUCCUGCGGCUCGACGACCGGAAAAGCCCCCAGAUAAGCGAGCAGAAGAACGUCACUAUAUUAUAUUUCGUGUCGUCUCAUGAGCUGCUGGAAAACACUUCCGUUCUGGCAGUCCUCCUCUUCUUGGCUCUAAUUCUGCAGAGGACAUUUUUACAGGCCUCUUAUUACGUGACCAUUGAAACAGGAAUCAACCUUCGUGGGGCCUUGCUGGCUAUGAUAUACAACAAGAUGCUCCGCCUCUCCACUUCCAACAUGUCCAUGGGAGACAUGACCCUGGGGCAGAUCAACAACCUGGUCGCCAUAGAAACAAACCAGCUCAUGUGGUUCCUGUUCCUGUGCCCAAAUUUGUGGGCUAUGCCCGUGCAGAUCAUCAUGGGAGUUGUCCUCUUGCAUUACUUGCUGGGUUUCAGUGCUCUGAUUGGUGCGUGUGUGAUAGUGCUCCUAGCUCCAAUUCAGUACUUCAUAGCAACCAAGCUGGCUGAUGCACAGAAGAGCACCCUGGACUACUCCACAGACAGGCUGAAGAAGACCAAUGAGAUUCUGAAGGGCAUCAAGCUGCUGAAGCUGUAUGCCUGGGAGAACAUCUUCUGCAGCAGUGUGGAGGAGACCAGAGUGAAGGAGCUCACCAGCCUCAAAACGUUUGCGCUCUACACCUCGCUGUCCAUUUUCAUGAAUGCUGCCAUCCCUAUAGCAGCUGUGUUAGCGACUUUCGUGACCCACGCCUACACCAGUACUACAGAGCUGAGCCCAGCUGUGGCCUUCGCAUCCCUAGCCCUGUUCCACAUCCUGGUCACGCCACUCUUCCUGCUGUCCACUGUGGUCAGGUUUGCAGUCAAAGCCAUCGUCAGCGUCCAGAAGCUGGGAGAGUUUCUGUUGAGUGACGAGAUAGGCGAUGACAGCUGGAGGAAUGGAGAGACCUCUGUGUCUUUAGAGUCCUGUAAGAAACACCCCGGAGCUCACACCAAAGCCAUAAACAGGAAGCAGCCCCUGAGGUAUCAGCUGGAUAGCUUCGAGCAGCCGUCCCGAAGGCAGCCACGUCCCACAGAGACUGAAGACAUCGCGGUCAAGGUGAAUAACGGAUUCUUCUCGUGGGGAAGCAACAUGGCAACAUUAUCGGACAUAAACAUGCACAUCCCUACAGGGCAGUUGACUAUGAUCGUGGGUCAGGUGGGCUGUGGAAAGUCCUCUCUUCUCCUGGCAAUGCUUGGGGAGAUGCAGACGAUUGGUGGGAAAGUACACUGGAGCAAACUGCCUGAAUGUGAGCUGAUCCACGAGGGGAACUCAAGCUGUCAUGCACCUGAACCCUCGUUUGAAGCUAUGCAGAGUAAAAACAGGAACUCUGUGGCGUAUGCUGCUCAGAAGUCUUGGCUGCUGAACGCCACAGUGGAAGAGAACAUCACUUUCGGGAACCCUUUUAACAAGCAGAGGUACAAAGCUGUUAUAGACACUUGCUCUCUGCAACCUGACAUCGACCUGUUGCCCUUCGGAGACCAGACGGAGAUAGGAGAAAGGGGAAUCAACCUGAGCGGAGGUCAGAGACAGAGGAUCUGUGUAGCACGGGCCCUGUAUCAGAACACAAACAUCGUGUUCCUGGAUGACCCCUUCUCUGCGCUGGAUAUCCACCUGAGUGACCACCUCAUGCAGGAGGGGAUCCUCAAGUUCCUGCAAGAUGACAAGAGGACAGUGGUGCUGGUGACACACAAGCUGCAGUACCUGAUCCAUGCUGACUGGAUCAUUGCUAUGAAGGAUGGUACUUUGCUCAGAGAAGGAACGCUGAAGGAUAUCCAGAACAAUGACAUUGAGCUCUAUAAACACUGGAAGACGCUCAUGAACCGACAGGAUCAAGAAUUAGAGAAGGACACUGAUGUUGCUGACAGCCAGACAGCUCUGGAGAGGAAGAACCUCAGGAGAGCCUUGUACUCAAGAGAGGCCAAGUCGCAGAUUGACGAUGAAGAUGAAGAGGAGGAGGAGGAGGAGGAUGAUGAGGACACCAUGUCGAUGAUGACCAGUCGGCGCUCAAAGAUCCCCUGGAGGGUGUGCUGGAAGUACCUGACCUCGGGAGGCUUUGUGCUGCUCUUCAUGAUGAUCUUCUCCAAGCUGCUCAAGCACUCCGUCAUCGUUGCCAUAGACUACUGGCUGGCCACGUGGACCUCCAGCGCACAGAACAGUUCCAUGAGCGCAAACAGCAGUGUCAACAGCACGCUCACAGACACGGCUCCUUUUGAUCUCUCCUACUACACCAUUGGCUUCAGUAUUCUUUGCAGCUCUGGGAUUGUACUCUGCCUCAUCGCUUCGUUGACUGUGGAAUGGAUGGGUCUGUCCGCAGCCAGAAACCUCCAUCACAAUCUUCUCAACAAAAUCAUUCUAGCACCAAUCAGAUUUUUUGACAUCACACCCCUGGGCCAAAUACUGAACCGCUUUUCGGCUGACACCAACAUUAUUGAUCAACACAUCCCUCCGACUCUGGAGUCCCUGACCCGCUCCACCCUGCUCUGUCUGUCAGCUAUUGGAGUCAUCGCCUUCGUCACGCCUUUCUUCCUCAUCGCCAUGCUGCCCCUGGGGAUCGCCUUCUACUUCAUACAGAAGUACUUCAGGGUUGCGUCCAAGGACCUGCAGGACCUGGACGACUCCACCCAGCUGCCACUGCUCUGCCACUUCUCCGAAACCGCUGAGGGCCUCACCACCAUCCGCGCAUUCAGACAUGAGACCCGUUUCAAGCAGCGCAUGCUGGAGCUGAUUGACACAAACAACGUCGCCUACUUGUUUCUCUCUGCUGCCAACCGGUGGCUGGAGGUCAGAACGGAUUAUCUUGGUGCUGUGAUUGUACUCACGGCUGCUGUCACGUCAAUAUGUACUUCUGAGAACGGACUUCAAUCAGGACUGGUGGGACUGGGACUCACCUACGCUCUUACAUUGACUAACUACCUGAACUGGGUAGUGAGGAGCCUGGCAGAUCUGGAGGUGCAGAUGGGAGCAGUGAAGAAAGUCAAUGGCUUCCUGAGCACAGAAUCAGAGAACUACGAGGGCGAUCUCUCUCAAGUUCCAGAGGAUUGGCCUCAGCAAGGGGAGAUCAAGAUCCAGGACCUGUCUGUGCGAUACGACUCCGUUCUGAAACCAGUGCUGAAGCAUGUAAACGCAUACAUCAACCCUGGACAAAAGGUUGGGAUCUGUGGCCGCACAGGCAGUGGAAAAUCCUCUCUCUCCCUGGCCUUUUUUAGGAUGGUGGACAUGUUUGAAGGGAAGAUUAUCAUCGAUGGAAUAGACAUCAGCAAACUGCCUCUGCCCACCCUGCGGUCCAGACUGUCCAUUAUCCUGCAGGACCCUGUGCUGUUCAGCGGCUCUAUUCGGUUUAACUUGGACCCGGAGCGCACAUGCACGGAUGACAGACUCUGGGAGGCCCUGGAGAUUGCCCAGCUGAAGAACAUGGUCAAGUCACUGCCGGGCGGGCUAGACGCGGUGGUGACGGAGGGAGGGGAGAACUUCAGCGUGGGGCAGAGGCAACUCUUCUGUCUGGCCAGGGCCUUCGUGCGCAAGAGCAGCAUCCUCAUCAUGGAUGAGGCCACGGCUUCCAUAGACAUGGCCACGGAGAACAUUUUGCAGAAGGUAGUGAUGACAGCCUUUGCAGAUCGCACAGUUGUUACCAUUGCUCACCGCGUGCACACUAUCCUGACGGCAGACCAGGUCAUUGUGAUGAAGCGAGGCAAUAUCCUGGAGUACGAUAAGCCCCAGACUCUCCUGGCACACGAGGACAGCGUCUUCGCCUCUUUUGUCAGGGCUGAUAUGUAACUCUUCACUGGCCUCCCACACAGUGCAUGAAGCGAGCCUCGCCUUUUAAAGAGCAUGGCUGUUCUGGGUGACAGUUACCACACAAAGGGGCAGAUUCUCAAAAGCUACUGUAUUUACUGCAAAUCGUCAGGCAUGCCGUUUUGUUUUUUUCCUGAAAGAAAAAAAAGUUAUAUGUGUGUCCUGAAAAAAAAACCCAAAGUGAAUAAGAAAGACAUUAAAGUUGUUUAUUUUUGGUUUAGUCAUUUUAUUUGGUCCCGUUUUCUUUUCAGAAAGAAAUGAUGCUUUGGAGUAAGUCACUUUAAGAAUCCAGUCCAAAAUCUUUAGAUAGCUUUGUUUUUUUUUUUUUAUUUGUUUUUUUUAUAAUACAAAAACUAAUACAUUUAAUACAGUGUAUAGUUUUAUAAUUCACAAGUAAUAAAUAUAACAACACGUUUGCCAGUUAUAAUUACAAAUGUGUUUUUCUUUGUAUUGACGAUACUCAUGUAAUAAUCUGUACAUGUACAUAUAACUGAAAUAUCAAAUGCUGUCCCACAAGCACAUUUUGUAUAUUCUGUUUAUCUGACUAACAAAAAGGUUGAUACAAGUCUGACAUUUUUGUCAGCGUUAGUAUGGCUUUUUUUUACAUGGGUUAAUCUGGCAUUUUUGUUGUGUGCUGACAUGUAAUUUUAUAGAAAUGUCUUGUCUGCUCACUGUAUAUUGCAUUGCAUCGGGUCAUCCUGACCUGCAAUAGCCAAGGAACGUGACCAUCGGCUCGAGAUUACUGUAUGGCCUGGAUAUCUGGGGCAGUGAUGGAUCUGAAUAAAAACAAAUAUUGGUCCACAGUCACUUCUUUAGUUUCCAUAAAAAUGAAUCAGGGAAUUUUGUUCUCAGUUUUUAGACCUCUAACACGUUUAGACAAUAGAAAUUGAAAUGCCUAUUGUAUUGAUAUCUUCAACAUCGUCAGACACAGACACAAUAUACAGACACCACAUUGUUGUCAGAAUUAUGGACACAGCAACUGUGCCAUAACACCAUGAGUGGAAGCAACAAUAGUGCCACACAGUGUGUUGUUAUUUUACUAGACUACAUGACAUUCAAUGCUGUUGAAAACAGAGUGCUUAAUGUUGACAGUGGUUUAGUGGCUGCAGCUGUGCAAGUAUUAAGAAGUAUUUAAAUCAGCAGGUAUUAAAUAAACACAUUCAUUAAUGUGUUGAUUUCAGAAUAAGAAAAGCUGUCCUUCCCUCACCUUUACAGUCGAGUACCUGUCAAUGGCAAUCAGCUCAGAUAUUGAGUGUUGUAAAUGUCGAUUGGAAGCACGCUGCACUCUCAUUCGGGGGCUGGCGUUUUCAGUGCCGUACCAAGGACUACGAUGACAAUGUAAAGAUGUGCAUGUAUCAGUGAGUAUCAGCACACCACUAUGCAAAGAGGCACUUCAGAACCAAAUCAAAGUUGUUACAAUGUUACCAAGGGAGUGGUUUAGCUGUAAUGACAGCUAUAGACUUGUCAUUUUGCCAAUUUUCUGAUACUUUUAAAAUACUUAUUGUGUCUUAAAUGUACAUAUGUAGUUACUGUUUUUGACAUGUUCGGUUUUAAAGACAUUUAGAAAAAACCACGUGCCUACUUUUUUACACUUGAACAAUAAAGAAAAUGUCAUGUGUUU